CCUCCGUGUGACGGGUAGCAGCGAGAAACCCAGCAGCUCUGGAGGAACCGCAGCGAGGAGCCCGCCGUCACCUCCACUGUGUCUCUGUGGAUGUGGAUCUGGAUCAUUACUGCGGACCUCAGACAUGCCUGACGGCGGCUUUACGAACGGAGACAGGCAGGUCUUGGGAUUUCAGACAUCUCGGGAAUGACUGACAGCGAGUAGUUCAGGUCGAGGUAUUGUUCGGUGGAGUGUUGGCGCUAGUUAACGUUACAAUGCCAGUGAAGAAGUCAAGUCGUCAAGCAGCCUGCUAACCUGACCUAACGUUAAAUAACCUAACCCAGCUGCGUUUACAAGCGGAUUGGGGAAGCGACCGGAGCGCGCUGGACUUAAAAGACAACAAACGAGUGGCAAACCUAGGUUACCUAACCCAGGUUAGUAAGGUAAAGCUAGCUAACUAGCUGAGAUAACUUUCAGAACCAGAUGAGGACGGGUUUGGUGAAUGAGGAAGAUGUGGGGGGGAUAUUGGCACUGAUGUUAUUUAGGCGUAGUUAGUUUUCUGGCGUGUUUGGUGUGAGACAAGUUUUUGUUAGCCUGUUUAGCUAGUUAGCUAGCUAGUUAACUAGUUAGUUAGCGUUAGCUAGCUAGCUAACUUGUAACUAGCUAAUCUAGCUGUUUUUGCUAACAUACAUUAGCCUAAACUAAGUGAAUUGAAGAUUAUCAGUCAGUUUUCACCUGCGUUACCGGCCUUUUUAACAAGGUAACUCAUUUAUAAAAGUAAGCCAAGACUUCUUAGUCGGCUGAUGUUUAUUUUAAACAAUUUUACAACUUAUCUAAUUUAGUUUUUGUGUGUGUAAGGCUGUUUAAACCAGAUUAAAACGUAUCAUAUUGCUGAAAUCAAUAGAUUUUAAGUUAGUUAGUUAGCUAGCGUUUGCUAGCUUGCUAGCUGCUCUUGUUCUCGCUCAGUUAAAGUUAGCUAACGUUAACUAUGUUCCCAGAUGUUGUUGAAGUUUGGCUCCACUACACGACUGAACACUGAUAUGAACAGAUAGACAUAUAGCCUAGCUAGGUUAGCUAGCUAGCUAACACUAACUCUCAGUCAUGACAUGCUCGGCUCUCCAGUCAGGUUGACUUGGGAGAUUUGCUCACUUUAAAGCCUUGAAAGCCGUUUCUUCCCCCUCGGCUUAUGCCAGUUGAUGGUAGGUCCAGGUCCUCCCUAGCUUUUGUUCUCUUCCAAACGAAGAAAGAAGAAAGCUCUUCAUCAUCAUUAUUAUCGCUGCUCCAUGGAUUUGGAUUCGCACAUUGUCAGGGCAGCUGGAGUCGAACCGAAUCACACUAACGUUAGUUGGGAGACUGUAGCGUUUUAAUACAAGCUAAGCUACCCAAGUAAAUCAGAAAAAUGAAGAGAACCGAGAACAAACAGAAGAGAAAACUGUGCAGCAACGAGGAGCAGCAGCAGCAGAGCAGCACUGCCGAAGGAAAAGAUGGGAAGGAGACUGUGGUUCACCCUCCGCUGCUCUUUCGGAAGCUGAGUAACCCUGACCUGUCUCCCGCUACAGGAAAGACCAAACUGCAGCGCCAGCUCAGCCAGGAUGACGGCAGAGCGCGCCGCAGCAGCAUGGCCAGCGGCCUCACUGGGAAGCAGCUCUUGCCGCUGUCCAGCAGCAUGCACAGUGGAGUGAGUCAGCUGGCCUGGCAGCAGCAAACGGGAGAACCGAAUAACCUCGUCCGCAUGAGGAGCCAGUCUUUAGGCCAGUCAGCUCCCUCUCUCACUGCAGGGCUGAAGGAGCUGAGUCUUCCCCGAAGAGGCAGUUUCUGUCGGACCAGCAACAGGAAGAGCCUGAUCGUGACGUCCAGCACCUCUCCGACCCUGCCAAGACCUCACUCACCACUACAUGGACACACUGGGAGCAGCCCCUUGGACAGCCCACGCAAUUUCUCCCCCAACACUGCAGCCCACUUCUCCUUUGUGCCCGCCCGCAGCCAUGGCCACAGGGCUGACAGAACGGAUGGCCGCCGCUGGUCCCUCGCCUCACUGCCCUCCUCAGGGUACGGAACCAACACUCCCAGCUCAACUGUCUCUUCAUCAUGUUCAUCCCAGGAGAAGCUGCACCAGCUGCCUUUCCAGCCCACUGCAGACGAGCUGCACUUCCUCACCAAGCACUUCAGCUCUGAGAGCAUCACUGAUGAGGAGGGCAGGAGAUCGCCAGCCAUGCGGCCUCGCUCUCGCAGCCUCAGUCCUGGCCGUUCUCCUAUAUCCUUUGACCAUGAGAUUGUCAUGAUGAAUCAUGUCUACAAGGAACGUUUCCCAAAGGCCACUGCUCAGAUGGAGGAGCGUCUGGCCGAGUUCAUGUCGUCUUCUGCCCCGGAGAAAGUCAUGCCUCUGGCGGACGGGGUUCUGAGCUUCAUCCACCACCAGGUCAUCGAGCUGUCUCGAGACUGCCUGGACAAGUCGAGGGAGGGGCUCAUCACCUCACGCUACUUCUACGAGCUGCAGGAGAACCUGGAGAAACUGCUGCAGGAUGCUCAUGAGCGUUCUGAGAGUGUGGAGGUGACUUUCGUCACCCAGCUCGUGAAGAAGCUGAUGAUCAUCAUCGCUCGGCCUGCUCGGCUGCUGGAGUGUCUGGAGUUUGAUCCAGAAGAGUUCUACCACUUGUUGGAGGCAGCAGAGGGCCAUGCUAAGGAAGGCCAAGGCAUCAAAUCUGACAUCCCCCGUUACAUCAUCAGCCAGCUGGGCCUCACUAGGGACCCUUUGGAAGAAAUGGCCCAGCUGAGCAGCUAUGACAGUGGAAAUCCAGAAACACCCGAAACAGAGGACUCAUCAGAGAGUCGUGGUGCUACAGUACUACCACCUCAGCCUCAGCCCAAGACCAAAACUCCAAGAGAGGAGGACUUUGAGACUAUCAAACUCAUCAGUAAUGGAGCAUACGGAGCUGUGUUCUUGGUGAGGCACAAAGAGACCCGUCAGCGUUUUGCUAUGAAGAAGAUCAACAAGCAGAACUUGAUCCUGAGGAACCAGAUCCAGCAGGCCUUUGUGGAGAGGGACAUUCUCACUUUUGCUGAGAACCCCUUUGUUGUCAGCAUGUUUUGCUCAUUUGAGACACGCAGACAUCUGUGCAUGGUGAUGGAGUAUGUGGAAGGUGGGGACUGUGCCACUCUGCUGAAGCACAUUGGUGCUCUGCCAGUUGAUAUGGCACGCAUGUACUUUGCUGAGACUGUGCUGGCACUGGAAUACCUGCACAACUAUGGCAUUGUGCACAGAGACCUCAAACCAGACAAUCUUCUCAUCACAUCAAUGGGACACAUCAAACUGACAGACUUUGGUCUGUCUAAGAUCGGCCUUAUGAGUCUCACAACUAAUCUGUAUGAGGGACACAUUGAGAAAGACGCCCGCGAGUUCCUGGAUAAACAGGUGUGUGGUACCCCUGAGUACAUUGCCCCCGAGGUAAUCCUCAGGCAAGGUUAUGGGAAGCCUGUGGACUGGUGGGCAAUGGGCGUCAUUCUGUAUGAGUUUUUGGUAGGCUGUGCCCCGUUCUUUGGAGAUACCCCCGAGGAGCUGUUUGGACAAGUCAUCAGCGAUGAGAUAAUCUGGCCAGAAGAAGAUGAAGCUCUACCUCCAGAUGCUCAAGACCUCAUUUCCAAACUGCUACGACAAAACCCACUGGAACGAUUAGGAACAGGAAGUGCAUUUGAGGUGAAGCAGCACAGGUUCUUCACUGAUUUGGACUGGAACAGUCUUCUGAGACAGAAAGCCGAGUUUAUUCCUCAACUUGAGUCUGAGGAUGACACCAGCUACUUUGACACUCGCUCAGAUAGGUACCACCACCUGGACUCAGAUGAAGAGGAGGACACGAACGAUGAUGAGCAUGUGGAGAUGCGCCAGUUCUCCUCCUGCUCUCCACGAUUCAACAAGGUGUACAGCAGCAUGGAGCGCCUGACCCUGCAUGAGGAGAAGCGCACUCCUCCUCCCACCAAGCGCAGUCUGAGUGAGGAGGGAGCUGAGCGCAUCGACAGCCUUAGUGGUCUGAAAUCCCGUGACCGCAGCUGGCUGGUGGGCUCACCUGAAAUUUUGCGUAAACGCCUCUCCGUGUCGGAGUCUUCGCACACCGAAAGUGAUUCCAGCCCUCCACUGACCGUGCGCCGCCGCUGCUGCUCCGCCAUAAUUGAGAUGCCUCGCUUUGCCAUCUCUAGUGAGGAAGAAAGCUCGAGAAAGACUCCAGUCAGGGGACCACGGAGUGAAGAGCUGCCCUCAGCCAUCCCUGAACUUCCUGUGGAGAGGGAGCUCAAACUGGACGAGUCCCCAACCACGCCUGGGUCUACCUCCAGCCGAGCCACACUCACACCUGGUAGUUCUGCGGAUGUUGGGGAUCGAGGUUCUCCUCGCUGCAGUACUGACGGAUCAGAUAACUCCACUCCAAAAGCAAUCAGUGACCUGGCUGCCCGCAGAGCUCGCCACAGACUGCUGUCAGGAGACACAGAGAAACACACGUCACGACCCCUCAAUAAGGUCAUAAAGUCAGCCUCCGCAACCACGCUCUCCCUCAUGAUCCCUGCAGACCACCAUGGAGCAUCUCCUCUGGCCAGCCCCAUGUCUCCUCAUUCUAUGUCGUCCAACCCCUCUUCACGGGACUCCUCUCCGAGCCGGGACCUCUCUCCUGCUGUUUGCAGUGUAAAACCUGCUAUUGUCAUCCACAGAGCAGGCAAGAAGUACGGCUUCACCCUGCGGGCCAUCCGAGUUUAUAUGGGAGACACAGAUAUCUACACUGUGCACCACAUGGUCUGGCAUGUGGAGGAGGGAGGGCCAGCUCACGAGGCAGGUCUCAGAGAGGGAGAUCUCAUCACACACGUUAAUGGUGAGCCAGUCCAUGGACUUGUACACACUGAAGUCGUGGAACUCAUUCUGAAGAGUGGUACUAAGGUGUCAAUCUCUGCUACACCUUUUGAGAACACAUCCAUUAAGGUAGGACCUGCCCGUAAAACCAGCUCCAAGUCUAAAAUGGCCCGACGCAACAAGAAGACUAAGACCAAAGAGGGACAAGACAGCAGUAAGAAAAGGAACUCUCUAUUUCGAAAGAUCACCAAGCAGGCAUCACUCCUUCACACCAGUCGCAGUCUGUCGUCUCUGAACCGCUCUGUUUCCUCGGGAGAGAGUGUCCCUGGCUCCCCUACGCACAUGUCCCCUCGCUCCCCCACACAGGGCUACCGCUCCACGCCGGAUUCAGCUCAUUCUGUUGGUGGAAAUUCCUCUCAGAGCAGCUCUCCCAGCUCUAGCGUUCCAAACUCUCCUGCCAGCUCUGGUCAGAUCCGCCCCAGCUCACUGCACGGCCUGGCGCCGAAACUGCAGCGCCAGUACCGCUCCCCUCGGCGCAAGUCUGCUGGCAACAUCCCUCUGUCUCCACUGGCCCGUACACCCUCACCCACACCCCAGAGCACCUCCCCCCAGCGGUCCCCUUCACCCUUACCCAGCCACGCCCUGGUCAGCUCCUCUAUCGGCCAGUCUUUUCCCGUCAAGCUUCACUCCUCCCCUCCGCUGGUGCGGCAGAUCGCUCGGCCAAAGAGUGCAGACCCCCCUCGCUCCCCCCUCCUCAAACGCGUGCAGUCAGCCGAGAAGCUGGCGGCCUCUCUUUCUUCCUCCUCUUCAUCCCCCUCUCCCUCCUCCACGGGAGAUAAGAAGCUGCCUGUGGGAGCUAACCGCAAGCACAGCUUGGAUAUUUCCCACUCCGAGUUUAAAAAGGAGAUGCUCCAGAGGGACCCCAGCCUGCAGAGCCUGCAGGAGUCCGCCAGUGAGACCCUGCUGGGUGGGAGGGUGUCUCCGGCUGAGAAGGGCAGCCUGCAGAAGCACUCGGCCCGCAAGCUGAGCAGACAGGAGGGCCCAGACUCUGGAACGGGCUCUCUGGGUUUGGCUCCUGGUAAGAGCAAGCUUAAGGACAAGCUGUCCGCGAUCAGGCAGGACCGCGCCGAACGCAGAGAAUCUCUGCAGAAACAGGACGCCAUCCAUGAGGUGGAUUCCUCCGAGGAUGAGACAGACGAGGGGUCGGAGGAUAGCCAGGACGGACGCAGGACCACUUUCGUCCCUCCUAGCCAUGUGCUUCGGCCCACGACUGUGAUGGGAUCGCCCCAUGCUAUCAGGAUGGGGCCUGCUGCUUUACCCUCUCUGUCUGUGACUCCUUCCAUGGUAGCUCAGCCAGGCUCUCCUCACCUCAGCCAGGGACUACAAGCCCAACAAACUCAACACACACCUCUGGCACAAUCGCAGCCAGAAGCCAAAGCCUCUGAGCAGAAGCUUAGCCAGACCCCUGUAUCUACUCCCAUUCCUGCUUCUACCUCAGCACUAGCAGAAGAUUCCAGUGAGAGAGGAGGAAGAAUGCUAGAUUCUGUGUCCAGUUCUAAAACUAACACUCCUCUGUCCAGCCCUCUGAUUAGCAACAUUUCCACUCCUGGCAGUGCCUUCACCACUGUCAGCAAAGACCCUUUUGUCAAGCCCACAGUGCCCCCUCUAGACCGGAGGACCUCCAAAGCUGUUGAGCCCAGGGCCAAAGUAAGCAGCAAGCAGGAGUCCAGCACAGUGCCCACAGCAGCCAGGGAAUCCCCAGUGUCCACUACGCCAACUGGAGGCAUUACCAAGGAGAUGAAGGAGGCAGACAACCGGAGACAAGCAGCCGCCGCAGCUGCUGCAGCCGCCGCCACGUCCUCCACCUCCACACCCACCGAGAGCGGAGUGGAUAAAGUGGUUUCUCAGCUGGCCACUGUGGCCAAAAGUGUGCUGGGUCCAGUGAAGCUGAACAUACCAGGGACCAAAGAUGCCCAUGAAAGAAGCAAGGAGCCAAGAACCCUGUCAGAUGGGAAUCCAAAAAGCAAAGAUCCUCAUUUAGAGCGCUCUGAUUCUCCUGAUACAUCAUUUCCAUUCGUAGCUUCUGCCUCCCAAACAGGGCGAUUGCCGGAACCGCCUUCUAGACAGCCACCCGCCAAAUCUGAGCCACCCUCCACUUCUCAGAGGCCUGUGGAGCUUCAUUCAGGUGCUUCUAAGAAGCCCUCUGCCCCGAAAGACUGCUCCCAAACCGCCGGAGAACAGCAGGACAGGCCAGGAACUCCGCGCAGCAGUGCCCCCCUGAGGCCAGGAGCUGAAGCACAGUCCCAGAGCCAGGCCAAACCUAGUUCCUCCAAACCACAAGACAAAUCCAGCAAGAAGACGUAGCAGCCAUGGGGAAACUGGAAAAAAAAACAUCUAUUAAUAGAACUUCUUGCAAAUUUGCAAAUGUCAAAGCUUGCAUGUGUACAAAAUAAAAAAUGCAUACUCUUAGUCCACACUAACUGUGAGGAAAGAGGUGAAGGAAGAUGAUACAGACAAAGGAGUCCAACAACUUAAUUCUGGGUUGAUCUCACUAAUAUUGUGUGUUUCAUUUAUUAACAUGAGCUUUGUAUUGUUUUUAUUUUUUUCCCUCUACACUUUUUCUCAACAUUGGUUUUAUUAAGUUCACAUUUGCUGGCAAAAAAAGGAAACUAUGGGGCUAGAAAUAAACAAACAAAGAGAUCAAAAAAGAGACAAGUCAAACUGCCACAUUCAGUACCUCUCCACAAAAAGAUUAGGCUCUCUGCUUGUCCUGGUAUAGAUCUAGUUGUGCCUUAAAAAAACACACCUAAAAAAAAAAACUCACUUUUAAGAUGCCUCCACUGUUCAUUCACAGGAGGGUAAAAAUGUAUCUCAGCAAUAAAAGUAGCGUAUGCUUAGCAAUUUGUAUAAACACAUCAACUUAAUAUUGUAGCACCCUACAAUAGUUGGCUGAAAACCAAACUUCAUUUUUCGUCAGUCCAUCACUCUUAAGCCAGUUCUCUGAGUUUUUAGGUUUUACUUGCAUGUCUUCAUGAUUCAUGAGUCUAGGAUGCUGCACAUUUGAGUCAUAGUGUUGAGUCAUGUGAAUUAAAGCUUGUUGUCUGGUAGAGUAGGAGACAAAAAAAAUGUAAUGCCAAAUCCCAUUUUGCUUUUGUGAUUUUAACUUGCUAAUUUGUUCUCCCUUAAAAGAAAGCUAAACUUUUAUUAUCACAAAUUUUGAGUUCUUGGUCUGUUGUUGCGUCAAGCUGUCUAGUUGUAGCUCAGCAUCCAAAUCUGUGGAAAUUUCUUUGCCAUAUUCUGUCUGUUCUUGUAACAAGUGACGAUUGGUUGGUAGUUGAGUAACUAACUGGGCAUUUGGACGCACUGGAUGUAGAGAUGAAUGUAUGUGAUGGAGAUGGUGGUAAUGAAAUGUGGUGGCUAACUCUGACUUGAAUGAAUGAAGCCUGAACCCAUACUCUUGCCUGGCACUCACACUACUGACAGAUGCAUGCUUUUGGGAGAGACUGAAGAUUUAGUUCAAAUUGAAAAAUGGUUUUAUUGCUUUUAUUUCUAGCCCCUGCUCUCUUUCUCUUUCUGUUUUUAAAUCAAUAACAACUAAAAUGUUCUUUUCUUUUUUAAAUAUCUGGACCAACUUGCUGUGUUCUUUCUGUAAACUUGCCACUAAUCUUUUAAGGUUAGAAGACUUGUACAUGCUUGUUAAUGAGUGAGUGUGUGUGUGAAUGUAUGCGUGUGUGCGGAUAUAAAUGAAUAUUUAAAAUUUCGAUUGGUGUUGAUUUUAUACCCUGUGGCAUUGGGAAGCUGUAUUAGAUAAGUGUCCUGUCUUUGCCAUGUUAGCUCAGUCUGAUUUAACCUUUUUUGUUUUUUUUUAUUUUCUUGUGAAAAGCUGGCGAAGAUGUAUUUGCACAAUCCCUUUUUUACUUGGUGUCAUAUGAAUAUGAAAUACUAAUAAAAUAGUCCAAUCAGAUCCCAGGCCUUGUUGGGGUCUUGAGGGGUUUGACCAAUCGCGUAACCCCUUGUUACUUGGUUUUGUUGUAUUCUGUUGCUACUGUAUCCCACUACCAUGCAUUUAAAAUCAGUGUAGAUGCCUGUGGAAGCUUUAGCUCCUUUCCUAUAGUUUUUUUAAAUUUAUUAUUUUAUAUAUAUUUUUUUCUUCACAUCUGUGCUGAUUUGGACUCUCUUACAGCAACUGCUUACAUACGUUUUGUUAGUGAAGACUGGUGAAGACUCCUAAAUGGUUCAGUUUCAAUGGGGAUAUUUCUAUCUCAUCAUAGGUAUCUAAAUAUCUUAUCUAGUCUUGAUAGGCUGGAAAUCUUGAAAGCAACAUAUACAUCACUUAAAAUCCUCUAAAAAAAACAACUUUUUAUUGAUUCCACUUCCUUUUUCUUUUUUCUAAAUCUCCCAGUGACUCCCAGUGACUGCUGCCUGUCUCUCUGGGUUCUGUGUACAGUUAUGAUGAGAUACAUUCAUAAAUGUUCUGUCUAUAUAAAAUGUGAAUGGAUGUCUUGCACAUUUUAGCCUUCUUUUUUUUUUUAAAUCGUAAGGAAUGGAGAGCUGUUGAUCGCUUUUUGAGCCUGAAGCUUGACUCCUAAUGUUGAACAUCAUCGUUCAGCUCGUGAAUUCCAGUGUAAUUAAUGUGGGCACAGAGUAAGAAGUAAGGUUAAGGCUGCACAGAUCUCACAUUUUGAUUGUAUCCUCUGGUCAGAGGUUGCGUUCUGUAUGUAUAGAUAAAUAGCUAGGUUUGAAGUAGUGCGUGUGGAACAGUAGAUCGUAAUUAAUGGAGGACGUUUAUCCGUCUUGCACCGAAGUGGCUCUUUUUUCCCCCCCUCAAUCUUCACAGCUUAGUAAAGACUGAUUCUAUACACACAGCACAAAACGCUACAGUACACAUCCUGUUAAACCAUAAAUCUGUCAAUAUACUGCAGAGAUUGAGCUAAAUUUGGCUUGAGUAGACUAAAAAAUCAUCUAUGUAUGGUCUACGUUGAUGUGUGUUUAGUGAUGUAUGAGUGUGUGUGUGUACAAUAGGCUGUAUCGCCAUUACAGAGCAGUUUCUCACCAUUUCUCAACCCUGCUCCUGAAGGCCCACUGUGCCCAGCACUGCUCCUGAUCAAACACCUGAUCCAACUCAUCAGCUUACUACUACUAACCCACUACUGAGUUAAAAGCUGCAUUCCAAUAUCUGGGCUACAGUCGAGUUCUUGGUUGAUCUGUUCUAAAAAAAAAAAAAACCCUUCUCUUUGCAUUGGUCACAUAAUUUAAACAAUAUAAUUCAAACAAAUUCUGCUACUGAUGUUUUGUGUUCAACAUUUUUACUUGUUUGCAUGGUUGUAACCGAGGACCAUGAAGGAUACAUCAGCUGCGCCCUUCAAAUCACUCCCAACAUCAGCUGCAUUUCUUGGCUGUAAAGAGUCCUUAACUUUGGAACAGCCUUCUAUAACUAGUUAUUGGAAUGCAGCUACAGUGUGUGUUGAAGCAGGAUAACCACUAAAAUGUGCAGGCCAGUGGAUUGGGAAACUCUGCCUUUGAGCUUUGAAUGAACAAACAAGAUUAUCAACAUUAAAGUUCAUAACCUGUGGUUAAGUAUAAUCAGUCAGUUUGCUCAAGCUUUGAUUCUCUUAAGAUUGUGGUGGUGGUGGUGCUGUAAAUAUAUUUACACUUGAAAAGAUAGGUGUUUGUUUUUAGAUUGAGGGUAAAGUAAUGUAAUGGCGAUGGCACUCUUACUCACACUCAUAUGGUGGUUAUGACUGUGGCUGAAUGCUGACUGAGGGCUGUUUGUUAGGAUGUAAUAAGAUGUAAUUCAGACACCCUAAUUCAGAGAUUCAAAGCCAUUCUAGAUUUUUUUUUAAAGCCUAAAGCCUAGAUUUGCCACACAAACAAACAUACACACACUGCCAAUGGGACCGCUCCCCAUCCCUAGACGAGUCUAUGUACAUUGGAGAAAACCAAUAGAACUAGUACAUAUACAGAACACAUAUUGUUUACUCACUGUUGCUGUUUAUAUCAGUGACUACACUCAUAACCACUCACUCCUAACCCCUUUACCUCUUCCUCUUCUAUUAGCUAGUUAUCUCGUAAACGCAGUGUAGAAUGUGUACAGUGUGCCGAGAGAGCAUUCAAGCUGAUUAAAAUACAAAAAAAUAAGCUGCAUUUGUCACUAAAUUCGAUGAUACUGGGAUCAUGACUGGACAGAACAGGUGCUUCUGCAGGACUUCUCCAGAACACGGUGGAGUCCACACUAAAUAUCUCACGUUCUCUGUAUGUGUAUGUACGCUGUGUUUGUCCUCUGCAGCUGAGAAACACAGGGGUUGUACAGUAUCGAAUGAAUAUAAAUGGGCUAAGGAAAAAAAAAAAGAACUGCUAGUUAAACCAGUGCAAUAUCUUUUUAUUUUCUAUUGUGGUAAAGACGCAUGUUUGUUGUAACUCCUUCCUUAUGAACAAUAAAGGUUUUUUUUCUAAGGAAA